UGGCCGCUGUGGCUGCGCGAGCGGUCGGGGGUGGCCGAAGUGUUCGCCAUCACGAGCUUCCGGGCGCCGGGCGGCGUCGACUUGCCGACGUGGCUGUGGGUGACGGCGGUCCCGGAGCUGCGGACCGUGAUCCUGGCCGUCAACGACGUGCUAUCGUUUGCCAAGGAGCUACUCGCCGACGACACCACGUCGGCCAUGGUCGUGCUAACCAAGGAGCGCCACCUGAUCGGCAUGCCCGGCUCGGCGCCCGACGGCGGCUGGUGCCUGCGCGACACGUUCGACGAGUUCUACGGCAAGAUCGUUGUUGCCGCUGCCCGCAUCAACCGCCUGCUGCGGCCCAACACGCUCACCGCCCGCUACGCC